AUGUCCGCGGAGGGCGGCGGCUACUCGCCGUGUCCGGCGGAGGCGCUGCCGGAGCUGAGCGCCGCGGAGCUGGCGAUGAGCCUCUCGCCCAAGUCGGCCUUGCUGCAGCAGAACCUGUCGCAGCUGCAGCUGCAGCACUCCACGCCGUUCUCCGUCACCGACAUCCUGUCGCCCAUCGAGGAGUACCGCAAGCUGGAGCUCGCCAACAACCCGCCGUCGCCGUACAGAUCGAACUCAUCCGGCAGCAGCAUCAACUCGCCGCUGGGCCCGGCGGCGUCCUGCGGGAUGGCUGCCAACCCGUACGCGGUGCCGCUGUACGGCGGAGCCCCGGUGCAGGGCUACGGCUGCGCGCCCGCCGACCUGCCGCACUACGGCGACAUGCGUGGCGCCGGCUGGUACCCCGCCUCCAACGACCCCAGGUUUGCCAUUUCCAGGCUGAUGACGUCGACGUCAGGCGGCAUGGGGCACGUCAACAAUAUGGGCGGGCUGGCCGCGUGCGCGGGGCCCGACGCCAAGCCGAUGCAGUUUCCACUGGCACAGCGCAGGAAGCGGCGCGUGCUGUUCACGCAAGCUCAGGUGUACGAGCUGGAGCGAAGGUUCAAGCAGCAGAAGUACCUGUCAGCGCCGGAGCGGGAGCACCUGGCCUCCCUCAUACACCUCACGCCUACGCAGGUUAAAAUCUGGUUCCAGAACCACCGCUACAAGUGCAAACGGCAAGCCAAGGAGAAGGCGAUGGCGGAGCAGAAUCAGCACAAUCAGUCAUCAUCAUCGCCCCGGCGAGUGGCCGUGCCCGUCCUGGUGAAGGACGGGAAGCCUUGCGGCUCCGGGGAGUCGUCUUCCCCGGCGCACAGCCACUGCGCCACCCCCACUUCAGGCUACUCGGGCCCGCAGGCCUCACAGGCCGCCUGCAGCAACCCCCUGGUCUCCUCGUACCGGCAACCCGCCGCCUACCAGCAGCAGUGCUCCGGCUACCUACCGCUCCAGGGCAGGGCCUGGUAGAAAUUCCCUCAGCUUUACCACGAGACAAUGUUCAAGGAGGAGAUGUAUUUCGACUAAUCUAUUGAAAGGUUCCCGUUUUUUGGUAUUGUAAGUUUUUACUGAGAGUUUGUUGGAUGUUACAUUUCUUACUACAUUUUUGUAUUUAAAACAUUUAUACAUUUAACCUUUACAUUCUCGUUUCUUGCUACUUUUACUAGUUUAAAUCUUAGUGAUCCUAAUUCGAUUAUUUCUGUGGCCAUUUCAAAUAUUCUUUAGAGUUUUACGAACCUUUAGAUUAGCUCUUUCAAGAACAUUGUCUCUGGUACUGCUGGCUAAUCAGAAACUGCGAGACAAUUGGUGUUUAGUGAAUAUUAGUGGACUAAAGUGUUAAAGUGAAGGACGAAGACGCGUGACGUUCGCCGCACUUGGGAGAGGGUACAUGUAAAUAAUCUAGCUUUAGAGUAAGCACGACUAAGGAUUUGACAUUUCUUUGUGAUAAUUUUAUUUGCUUUUCAACGUGAGGAUUGAUCGAAAAUACUCCACAAAUACACAAAAAUGAAUUCGUGCUAUUAAUGCAAAGUUAGCAAUUGUGAUCGUAAACGUGCAAUGAUUUUAUCAAUUUUUACUUUUUAGUCAAUCCUCACAAACCAACUCCAGAGUGCCAAAUAAGUACAGUCUUGUAUGAACCACAAUAAAAUUAAGAUUUUUUCAGUCGGAUUUAUUGUAAAUAACUGAUACUGUAGUAGUAACUUGUUGUGUGAAUAGUAUAAUUUAUGAUAAACUCAGUGUUUUGUGUGUGUAGAUAGAUGCUAACUUGUACAUAAAGUGUUAUCUGUCGAAUUAAAAAAACGAGUUUACUUAAGCUAAAAAGCAUUCCAUUUUAUUUAUUUUUAUUUUAUCAUAAUUAUUGUCGUAUUUAAUAAUACAACACAAUGUUUAACCACAUUCUUUUAAACUUUAUUUUACUUUCUUAAUUAUUUAAUUACGUCCACAUAAUGCAUUUAUGCUCGUAUUUUUAAUGUAGCAUGGCAUACACAACGAAUUUAAAAUAUUUCAUAAAAAUUGAAAAAUUGUCUCUAAAUAAUUUAUUGAAGUCAAAAUAAGACAAAUUGGUUGAGAAUAGGAACUCGUUUUGUAUUGUUUAACAUUCUAAUAUUUACUUAUAUUAAAAAUGGGAUUUGAAAAUAGUAUAGUCAAUAUUUCACUGUCUUAUAUUGUACUUAAUUUUUUACCAGCUCAAAGCCUUGUGUUGACGCAAUGUAAAUAUUAUGAAAUUAGGGAGAUUCAAAUCUGCACUCUGUCAACACUGGCGAUUGGCGAACAUCGCCGCAAUGGAUAGCAAUAAGUUCCCCUUUAAUUACUGUUAUAACUUAGAUUAAUUCGUCAUUCGAGCAGAGUGUAUUAAAUGAAAUUCAAACCUAAAAAAACGUUAAGUUCUGGAGUUUAGGUCGAUGUAAUUAUGGCGUAGGAUUAGGGGAAGUUAUUAUGAUUAAUAAUUAUAAAUAAUAGUAAUAAUUAUGAAAAGGAAUUUGUAACUAUAAUGAGAAGUGAGGGUGUAAUGAAUUUCGAUUUAUAAAAUUAAUAAAAAUUAAUGAGUUUUA